GCGACGCGCGGUCAAUCGAGGUCGCCAUUUUGCCGUGUGGAGAUUUAACUGCUUCGAAAACACGGGGAAAACUUCGCCCUAGCUCGCCGAAAUUUGGUUUAAUGGGACUGUGUUGAGGUGCACAGCCCUGGUCUGUCACCUAGCCUACUAGACCUGACGUUUAGCGGACUGCUUGUGCUUGUGAUUGCCCGUGGGAGAGGAUUUUUGGGACAAGUUGGGCGUUUACGGGAAAGUUUGUUGGUCGACAGUCAAGUCGAGUCCCGCGUGUACGGUGCAGUCAACGGUACCGUGUGGAGUGCUGACGGGCCGCAUGCUGUGCUCGCUCGCGCCGCUGUGUGCAUCGCAACUGUUGACAAGCGCAAGCUAACCGGAAAUAGCCCACGUUACCGGAUUUACGCUGUGUUUGUACCUCGGAAAAUAUGCCAGUUCGGAAGCAAGAGGCCCACAGGGCCUUGGAACUGUUGGAAGAUUACCACUCCAAGUUGACCAAGCCCGGUGACCGUCCCCUACGUAAUGCCAUCGAGAGGGUCAUUCGCAUCUUCAAGAGCCGGCUUUUUCAGGCUCUGCUUGAUAUUCAGGACGCCUGUGUCUUGUUACCGGUUGACCAAAACAUCCAGGAGUUCUACGAGGCCACACUCAUGGACGGCAGCAAGAGCAUCAACCAGAAGACCAUGGAAACGCUGGAGGUUGCGUCGAAAUGGGAGCAGCAGACGUACACGACGCCGGCACGAAUGCCCAUCGACAACUCGCCGCAAUACCACUAUCCGGAUGAAGACCCACCAGCUUUAGAUGGCGCCCCGCGGUUGGUUCCCGUAGUUGGUUCCAAUGUGACUCAACCCAAGGAGAACAUUCAGAGCUACGUCACGCAGACUACCGUGUCGCCAGUUGAGCCUAGUCCCUCCCCAGUGUUUGUCAAUGCUGAUCAUCUGAAACAGUCUCCAAACGAUAUUUCACCAAGCGACAGCCUUCCAAUGAACAAUAUAGAGGAGUGGGAGUAUGAAGACAUUAUAUUAAAUCGGGGUGGAGCUGGGCUGGGCUUCAGCAUCGCAGGGGGUGUCGACAACCCACACGUCCCCGAUGAUCCCAGCAUCUUCAUCACCAAGCUUAUCCCAGGGGGUGCAGCGGCGGUUGGUGGAAGACUCAGAUUGAAUGAUGUCAUUAUCAGAGUGAACGAAACAGAGAUCCACAACGUUCCUCACCAAAAUGCCGUUGAUGCCCUCAAGAAGACCGGAAGCAUUGUCAACCUGGUCGUUAGGCGGAGGCGGCAGCGACGUACCGGUGAUGUCAUCCGCAUCAAACUGGUCAAGGGUACCAAAGGGCUGGGCUUCAGCAUCGCUGGAGGGUGUGGCAACCAACAUGUUGCCGGGGACAACGGUAUCUUCGUCACCAAGAUCAUCGAUGGGGGCGCGGCCCAGAUGGAUGGCAACCUCCAGAUUGGUGACAAAAUCAUCGCGGUUGGCAACGAUAAACUUGAAGAGGUAACCCACGAGAAUGCGGUCGCUGUCUUGAAGGCGACCAGCGAAGUGGUCUUACUGACUGUCAUCAAAGGUGCUGUCAUCAGCUACCCGUCUCCUCCGGCCAGUAUAACCUCGCAACCAGACGUGUCCACCAUGCAACCUUCUUCCCCGCCUCCACCGUAUCCCGAAGCCAUAGUGUCCAGCGUUGCCGGCGUGAGUUUACAAUCGGAGCCCGCCCUCCAGCGACCUCCGACUCCGCCCCACCAGGAGAUGUCAAACAUGAUGAAUCCUCCGUUAACCUACCACCAGCCGCCCCAAGACACCGCGUAUGGCUCCAUGAAGAAGAUGCACGUGCCGCCCUCGCCUACCGCUAACUAUGAGGGCAACGGGGUAAAACCGUACGUCCAGAAUGACGACGAUUUCCCCAGGGAAGCAAGGACUGUGGUCCUGAAUAAAGGAGCAACAGGUUUGGGUUUCAACAUCGUCGGUGGUGAAGACGGAGAAGGCAUCUUUAUCUCCUUCAUCUUGGCCGGAGGUGUGGCUGACCUCAGCGGGGAACUCAAAAGAGGAGACCAGAUAUUAUCGGUCAACAAGAAGGAUUUACGGGGCGCGACCCAUGAAGACGCUGCCUUGGCCCUCAAAGGCACGGGACAGACCGUUCUGAUUGAAGCUCAGUACAAACCAGAGGAGUAUAACCGCUUUGAAGCCAAGAUCCAAUCGCUGCGAGAAGAAAUGAUGAACAGCUCAGUGAGUAGUACGACGACGGGAAGCCUACGUACAUCGGCAAAGAGAUCGCUCUAUGUCAGAGCGCUCUUUGACUACGACAAGACAAAAGACAGCGGUCUGCCGAGCCAAGGGUUGAGUUUCAACUACGGCGACAUCCUGCACGUGACCAACGCCAGUGAUGACGAGUGGUGGCAAGCCAAACAGGUGCUACCCACGGGAGAGGAAGGCGAAAUGGGUGUCAUACCAAGCAAGAGGAGGGUGGAGAAGAGAGAACGAGCGAGGCUGAAAAGCGUCAAGUUUUCUGGAAGGGGAGGAAGUCUGGAAAGCAAGGGUUCCAUGAACGAGAAACGUAAGAAGGGGUUCUUCUCCCGGAAGUUUAAAAAGGGACGGGAGAGCGACUUGGACACGAGCGACGCCGAACACAUCACCUCAAACGCCAGCGAUAGCGAAAGUAGUUACAGAAAUGACGAGAUGAUUCUCUCCUAUGAGGGCGUGGUUCAGCAAGAAGUCAAAUACACCCGGCCGGUUAUCAUUCUCGGUUCUGGCAAGGAUCGCGUCAACGACGACUUGAUCUCAGAGAUGCCUGAGAAAUUUGGAAGCUGCGUACCCCACACGACGAGGCCGCGAAGGCCCCACGAGGUGGACAAGCGAGACUACCAUUUUGUCGAGUCUCGCGAGCAAAUGGAGAAGGACAUUCAGGAUCAUUUAUUCAUAGAGGCUGGCCAGUAUAACGAGAACCUGUACGGCACCAGCGUCGCCUCGGUCAGAGAGGUAGCUGACAAGGGUAAGCACUGUAUCCUCGACGUGAGCGGCAAUGCCAUCAGGCGAUUGCAGGUGGCCAACCUCCAUCCCAUCGCCAUCUUCAUUCGUCCCAAGUCGGUGGAGUCGGUCAUGGAGAUGAAUCGGCGGAUGUCUCGGGAACAGGCCGAGAAGACGUACGAGAGAGCCAUCAAGUUGGAGAUAGAGUUUGGCGAAUUCUUUACAGCCAUUAUUUCAGGCGACACGUUGGACGAGAUUUACUACAAAUGCAAAGAGGUGAUCCACGAUCAGUCAGGCUCGACAAUCUGGGUACCUGCCAAGGAUAAAUUGUGAUCCCUGCACCACCCAGUAGCACCCACUUCAGUCCAUGUCACAACCUGUAAGGUACCCAGUUGAGCCCGAUGCAGCCUGUUUUGGAGGAACCCAGAUUGGGCAGAUCCUGCUUGAUGUAAAAUAGCAUAAUAAUAAAAAAAGAUUUGUAUAAAGUGUGUAGAAGGCACAGGGCUGGUUUUUGAAUUCCAAGCAGUCCCAGUUUUGAUCCUUGUAGGCCUAGCCUUGUAGCACCCGUUACACUCAUAGAGAAAGCAGUGAGGACACCCAUAGGCACCCAUUCAAGUAAAGGUAACAUGGGUGUAAGGUGGUGGUACACAGGAUUCGGUAAUAUGUGCAGUGUCACUCAUGAAUUUUUGUAUGGACACUCAAAGCACAGGUGUGAUUUAGAGCCCAGUAGCGCCCGUUUCAUUCUAUACCUUAUCCCCUGUGGAACCCACUUGUACCCAGUUGUACCCAAGUUUUCUGGAGAAACCUUAACUCUAGGUUGGAUUUUGAAAUGAGGACAGAUUCGCACUUGUUUGAGUAAAUGUUGUUAUACAGGCGAUGUGAGUCAGUGUGUUUUAACGUGUUCCAUCCCGUUGCUGAAGCUGUGGGAUUAAACGGGUUUGGUGCACUGAAAGAUUGUUGUUUGUUUGGGUACCAGUGGGCGUAUUCUGGGCGUAGUGGGUUAGUAGAUUAUCCCCCACCCUUGCAAAGCCUACUCCAACCUUUCCACCCUUUUAUCUCAAAGACUAUAAAUUUCUCUGAUGUGUACAAAGUGUAAAUUUAGCACAGUAAAGAGGCCUAUCGAAAAAUAAUAAAACGCUGUCAUUUUACGUCAAUUUUUUUGGAUGUAACGGAAAAAUGCAGCGUGCAGUUUGGAUUUCUUUAUUUGUUACAUUUAGCUUCUUCGUAGAAUAUAAUUGGAGCUUUUUGUUUUUUUCAAGCUUGUAAUAUACAGCAGGAAUCUUGGUCUAUUCUCAGGACGAUUUCUGUUUGGCCUUGUUCGGUUUUUUUUUGCCUCGGAAGUACAACUGUGAGGGCAGUAUUUGAUGACGUUGCUGUUUUUGACGUGGAAACUGACAGAGAAAUUUGGCACGACCACCUGCAGUAGUUGCAUUUCAGUCGUGCUUGGAUGCAUAAAUACAAUGGGUUUUUUGGAGUAGGAAGCUGCUUCCAUUGCACUUUGCAAAUAGUUUUAUUCGAAGUGUUCGAGGAGCCAUAUUAUUGUUUUUGCAGCUAGAUCAGACAACUCCGCAACACAGUGAAAAAUGCCGCUUCAAACUGUCCACCUGCCAACCAAUAGAGGGCGCUAUCCUAUUAAAUUUUGUUGGUAUAGCAGAACGCCCCGGAAUUGAUGAAGGAACCAGGACAAAAAUUGUACAGAUCCGUCAGUGAAGUGUUACAUGCUUUGUAUACAUAACAGUCUUUGGUCACGGUGUUCGUUACAGUGACUUUCUGAGUACGAUGUAAACAGAACUCAUCAACUGUAUUAUUUUUGCUACUUUUUACUAAAUCUGUUCAAUUGGAAUUGAAUGGAUGUCACUGAAAAUGUACAUUUAAUUUCAGUGAAUGUCCUCUGAAGUUACAGCCCGCAUCUGUAAAAAAAAAAAGAAAUGGCCAAAUAAGCCUUGAAUAUUCUCAAACAUUCAACAAACCCACUUUGCUUACACUGGCUUUGUGUCACAAUUGUUUUAGUUGAUUUCGUCUGUUUACUCACUAGAUUGUUGCCAUGGUAUUUUGUAUUAAAGUUAGAAACAUUAGAACCUCUUGCAUUAUAGAACUUUUAUUCUGUCGGUCAAUUCAAUGAAUUAUAAUUAUGAUCACUUCCCCCUAACUAAGGUUACAGUAGUGUUACAUUUUGUUGUAUUUUGAAUCAUGCUUUCGCAGUUUGGAUAUUAUUACAUCAGAUUUUAGUUUGAAAACAUAAUUGCAAGUCUUUAAAAAUUUUAUUUUUUUUUUUUCCCAACAAUUUUGUUAUUUAAAAAUUGACACACAUACAUUUAGAGCAGUUGUUAUAUUUGGUUUUUCAUUUCUGUUUUGCCAUUAUCACUCAACUUGAUUUUUUUCCAAUUUUAAUUGGAAUUUUUUUUCCUUUCCUUUUUGGUGAAUAUAUGCUUUCUAUGUUUGUUCUUUUAGAAAAAACUUAUAUCAAGUUACCCUGUUAAGUUUGCAUUCAUUUUUAAGAUUUGAGGAUGUUGAAGUUGGGUAGAUUAUGAUUUUGAGCCCUAUAUAAGGAAAUAUCGUUCAUAACUUCUGAUUGUGGUCACAAUACACAAGUUGAUGCAGCAUGCAUUUUGUACAGCAUAUAUCAGGGCUGCUUGGAGAUGGCCACAUUAAACAGGUUGGGCUCUAAAUGCCACAUAGUCAUUUCUCGUUAAUUAUAGUUGACAAGACUUGAAAGUUAUUGAGGUGCUUGAAUAGCAAACAAGGAAAGUAAUAUUGAAUAAUGAGUGAGGUUGUUUAAGACUGGAACAUUUUGAGUUAAUACUUAUUGGGUGACAUUUUUAAGCUUUGGUUAAAUGAUUUGCUUCUCUUUCAGUUUUUUCCCUUAUUUGGUACUGGAUUUUUUUUCAUGAGCAAGCCUUGGAAGAUUACUUAAUGUUUGUUUUUGUUUUUCUGUUUGGAUAAUGUGGUCCUUGUGGGCCUAUUUUUGUUACUUCUGUUUUCGUUUUGUUUAUUAGAGGAAAAUAAUCGGUUUGACAUGGCGUGCACAAGCCUAAUUCUGCGAUUCGUGUAGUUCGUGUCUGUAUGUUUGGUUGCCAAAUUUCGCUGCUUCAACUACACUCUGAAAUUGAAGUACAGAAGCUAUGCAUCUGCAUGUAAUGCUGUCAGAGUCGUAGUUGGAAUAAUAAGGUCCCUUUUAUUCGUGUGGUAAAAAAAAAUAUCGAAUCAACCUAAAUUGUUCGUUUCAUAGGUAAAAAAACUCAUUGUCGAAAGAGCUAUCUAAACAAUUUUUAAUGAAAGAUUUGGAUGCAGGUGGAUUUUGUAAUCAUGUUUGAUUGGACGGGGGCACAAUACGGGAACGAGGUUGACGUUUUCAACUGAGAUAAGGACAAGGUAAAAAUACCAAAGACUCUAGAGCUUCCCUUUUCUGGAUGCGAGGUUGACAAUAUUUCUUAAACAUUUAGAUUUUAAAAAUGUCACCUUCAGUGCGUGCCCACUAAUAUGGCAUUUUUAUUAGUUCCUGUAUUUCCAUAAACAUUUGAAAUUUACACAUUGAAAACAAAUGUGCCAUCCACAUAAAUAUAAUCACUGAAUGCGGACCCUAAUUCGCCAGCCUCAAGGUUUUAAAAGCCAUGAGAAAACUGAUUGUUAAUAUGAACACUUUAAUUUCAUAUUUUUUUUUAAAAGCAAGCUUGUAGAUUACGCGUACUUAAAAAAAACCUGCUUUACAUAUAAAAUGCAUGCCACUUUGAAUAUCGGUUAAUUAAAAAAAAAAGAAGACCUACAGGUGUUUUUUAAGCACAUUAAUCAGACUAUAGGGCGGUGUAUCAUAUUAACCAUGACAGUAGACUUGCACAGUUAUUGGAAUUAGUUAUUAUUUUCCUAUUGUAUGAGAAUUAUAAUUAAAAAGAUAUUGGGCUUAUUUCAGAAA